CAGAACACCAAUGAUCGAGAAUUCCAGUGCUUGUUUCAAGCGUAUGUGGUACUCCAAUCCGCUGCAUCUUAACGUACGAUGCAAUACCCAAAUCCAUCCCCAGGGCCCCUGGGCCACAAUUUGAGAAAGGUUCGUUGCUUGGGGUGGGUUCCGAAAUGUGUGCAGGACCUCUACACGUCCCUAUACCUUUUGAAUUCGGAUGUCGAAAAAGGAAAAAGCCAGCCCCGGUCAACCCGGUCGCCGCCGCACCGGUCGCUGCCACGGCACCGCACACGGCCCGGACGGGAGGUCCGAAGUUGGGUCAACGGCACCGCAAUGCAAGAUGGGAACACCUCUGACAUGGAGUUUCAGCUGGGGCAGAUCCUGAGUUAUUUGUCGGAGGGUACCACGUUGCUCCCUGGCACCAUCAUCCUCACCGGCACGCCACCAGGUGUGGGCUACGUCCGUGAUCCGCCAGUCUACUUGCAGCCAGGGGACAAGGUAGAGAUUGAGCUGGAGCAAGCUGGCCGCCUAUCCAACCCCGUGGACGCGUCCUGACACCGAGGUACUGUGGCGACUGCGGCGACUGCAUUUGUCCAGUUGCACCCGAGCAAAAAGCACCUGUCCGAACCGAUCUGCCCAGCACAGACAGUCAAGGGCGUCGAGACUGACUCGAGACUGACAGUCAAGACGGGCAGUGACCAAUGAGUCAGACACGAAAUCAGAGGUGAGCAUCCGAAAGUAGCGACUUGACCC